UGUGCACCACUGCUGGCUCUGUUGCGUGCACACCAGUCCGGAGUCACGUACACCGACACCGAGACGCACCGUCACACAGCAGCAAAAAAAAAAGAAACAAUACACAAAACAAAACACGAUCGUGUUUUCCACAUUUCCACUGCGCAUCACCGCUAUAUCAGCAGACAACAAACGCCAAUUAUCACCGAUUGAGACACAGAGUGUGAAUUAAUUUGUGAUUACAACUCAGACGACAAACAACAAAAAUCAUUGUGUGCCAAUCCUGUCUCUGUGCAAGAAGUGUGAGUGUUCGGUUUUUCGCAGUUGCAAGCGUUGUACGGCAAGAUGUCAUCGACCAAGUCCAGCCUGGAGGAACUUCUCGGCGAGUCAGAGUCCUGGGUGCACAUUGGGGGCACCACUUCAUUGAGCGGAUCUCAGGGAGGUACCCCCGGGUCUGUUACGCCGCAUGUUAAUGGAGAGGAGUAUAUUAGACUGUUGAGGGAGGCACAAAGAGAGUCUAAUAAUUCCUCUACCAGGGUAUCACCACGCAGCAGUCCGAAAUCUCCACCGAAUAGUCCUGUGCAAGGCACGCCGAUGAUCAUGGAAUGGCAGAGUUACUAUAUGAAUAGUGAACAAAAAGAUGAUGGUGAUUUCUUUAUUGAUUGGAGCAGCCGCCCCGAUCAACUCCCGCCGAAGAACUGGGCAUUCCGCCCGGCGAAGCGUGAUCUCAGCCUGCGGUACGCGCGCGUUGGUGACAGCUCGGUGUUCUCGCGUCGAGGACUCUGCACGCUGUUUCUCACCAAUCUGCUCUCGCUGCUCCUCGGCACCGGCGUCGGCAUCUGGCUGACUAAGUACGGCGUCUUUGUACCGGCGGUUAAAGUGCGUUAGAUUUACGCAUACGCAUCCAGCGCAAACACAAAUAAUUUAAAAGCGAAAAAAAAGAAUAUAAGAAGUGGACAUACUCACCCACACACCUACUGAUUUUUAUAACAAUAACAAACAAUACACACACAACACAAUUAGAUGGAGAAUUGGGGCAUUGGGAAAUCUCCAGGGGGAUUAUCAUUUAUUACAAAAGAAAAAUUAUUUACCACUUUUCGGUUACAAAACAAAAAGUUGAAAACUGAGAGCGAAGACGAAUCAAUAUCGAGUAUAAGAUUAAGAAAGUAAUUAUUGAUAUCUCUUGUAACUGUAUGUAAUCAGUGCGUGAGGGCAGCGAUGCUUUGAAACUUAAUUUGUUUUUGUUCUUCAAUGUGAAAAUUUUCGGAAGCUGAAUGAAUGAAUGUUUGCGCGAGCGACUUUUUGGACUGAGCUGACGCGACCAAAAGUUUCUUUUUCUACUUUCAUAUGUUUGUAUAUGUAAUGUACUAAGGAGAUAAGGAUAAGGGACGCGUUUGUAUAUUGAUCGACGAUAGAGUAAUGGAUAUAUAGUUAUUUUUUUUGCGUUUCGGUGCAAUUUUUAUCGCAUUUGUAACAUGCAUAUAAGUAGACUAGGAGAAAAUGUUAGGUUGCUGCACCAUGUGUUAUGAUAAUUUCGAUUAAAUUUUUUAUGGAGUUAUGUAUUAACUUUCAAUGUUUUUCAAAUGUGUGCGACAUGUCGAUUGAAUUAUAUCUAGAACACUUGUUUUCAUGAA